AUGGAAGAGGAAGAGAUAGGCUCUUCGAUAGCGGGGAGGGAUCCAAAGGCAGAAGGAAGCUCUCCCACUUAUCUACUCAAACCACCUCCUACACAAAUGAGCCCAUCUCGGAACCGGCCUCACGAAGGGUCUGCGCAAAGAAAUAAAGACAACACCUCUCCAUGCAGCCCCAAGUCUCCGGAAUUUAUCGGACAAUGUGAGACUUCUCUGUCUCUGGGACCUGGUAGAACUCAUCUGCCUCCAAACAAAAUCUCCAAAGAUUCCUCGAAUCGCUCUAACAAUGUACCCGCUUCAGAACCAGGCCCCGCACAACGGCAUAUCAGUGACUUCAUAAGUCGUUUUCGGCAAAGAAGUUGGCUUCACACUCCUAGCGCCAUUGAAAGGCUCGCUCGGGGUCUACAUUUCCCCUUACUCUCCUCACAGGGUUGUGACGAAGACUUCGACUCCUCUGAUCUAACUGUGGAGAUAUAUAUGAGGAGAUGUGAGCUUGAAUCAAGAGAUCUUGGACCAAUUCGCCUAGGCUCUAUCCUGGAGCGCAGUUCAUACGGGCCAUUCUCAGAGGUAUAUUUUGGUGGUUUGACCAGAAGAUUUCCCCCUGUUUAUGAAAUGGAUGAUGUAGAGGACCUAAUCGAUGUUGGUCCAGGGGACAAGAGAAAACUGAUAUGA